CCGAGCGGCGCGUCCAGGCCCGAGCGGGCGGCGGCGGCGGGGCCGGCGGCGGCCGGGGAGCGGGGCGUAGGCUCGGCGGCAGGCGGGGCGCGGGCGGCGCCGCCAUGAACGCGGCGGUGGUGAAGCGGACGCAGGAGGCUCUGGGGAAGGUGAUUCGGAGGCCGCCGCUGACGGAGAAGCUGCUGAACAAGCCCCCGUUCCGGUACCUGCACGACAUCAUCACGGAGGUGAUCAGGAUGACUGGUUUCAUGAAGGGCCUCUACACGGACGCCGAGAUGAAGUCCGAUAAUGUUAAGGAUAAAGACGCAAAAAUUAGCUUCCUUCAGAAGGCCAUAGACGUGGUGGUCAUGGUCUCCGGAGAGCCGCUGUUGGCAAAGCCGGCUCGGAUUGUGGCCGGGCACGAGCCCGAAAGGACCAACGAGCUGCUGCAGAGAAUCGGAAAGUGCUGUCUCAACAAGCUCUCCAGCGACGAUGCGGUGAAGAGAGUGUUAGCCAGACAGAAGGUGGAAGCAAAAGGAAGGCCCUCGCUGACGUCGAAACCUCAGGAAUUGGAUGAUAAGAACGCAAGGGAGGAAGAGUCCAGGGUUCAUAAAGAUAAAGAGGAUAAAAGAAACUCUGAGAUAAACGAGAGAAGUACAAGCAGAGAUCGAAAACAGAAAGAGGAAUUAAAGGAAGAAAGCAAACCAAGAGAGAAGGAAAGGGACAAGGAAAAGGCCAAGGAGAACGACCGAGACAGACACCGAGACCCCGAGAGAGACAAGUUCCGCGAAGGGGAGAGAGAGCGGGCCAAGAGCAGGGCCCGGCCCGAGAGAGACAGGGACAGGGACAGGGACAGGGACGCUGAGCGGGAGCGGAAGACUGAGGGCGGAAAGGAGAAGGAGCGGUGGAAAGACCGGGAGAGAGAUCGCGAGCGGGACAAGGGCCGGGAGCGGGAGCGGCGGAGGGUGCGGGAUGGGGAGCACUCCCGGGACCCCGACAGGGAAAAGAGCCACGAGCGUGAGAAGCCAGAGAAGAAGUCAUCAAGCUCAGCAGAGAUGUCUAAAAAGCUGUCAGAUGGAUCUUUUAAAGGCUCCAAAGCUGAAACAGAGACUGAGAUUUCCACUAGAGCAUCCAGGUCAGUGACAACAAAGACGUCAAAACGGCGGUCCAAAAAUUCUGUGGAAGGAAGAAGGGACUCUAGAACCAGUGAAAAUAGUCUCUCCCCUGAAAAAGAACGUAACUCUUCCUACAGUAAAGCUAAGAAGGAACAUACCGUGAAACAGCUCGGAAGAAAGGAGGAUAAUAUUUCAGCUAGAAUUUUAGACCCCAUGGUGUCUGGAUUAAAUAAUGAACUAGAUCAGGAAUCUGCAACUUCAGAAAUAGGAACCAGAGACGCGAAUACUAACUUGGCUGGUGUUUCCGACGAUCCCUCACCCAGCUUGCGGCGAGGCACCGCUGCGCCGGAACCCACAGUGAAGCAGCAAGGUGACUCUCCUAGUGAUGCAGAAGGAGACGUUGGACCUUCUGGCCAGGAGAAGGGUGAGGUGCUGGAGAAUUCCGAGCCGCCGUGCGAGCUCCCAGCCGCUGUCAGGAGAAUACCUCGGCCCGGGAGCGCACGGCCCGCACCUCCCCGGGUCAGGCGGCAGGAGAGCGUGGAGGCGCUGACGCCGGACAGGACAGGAAGUGGCAGGAUGGUGUCGACUGUGAUCGUGGACUCGCAAAGCCCUGGCAGCGAGGACGACGACCCGUUUGUGGUGGGGGCUGCCCCCCAGCUCCCCGAGACGCCCGAGCCGGGGCUGGUACAAGCAGUGGAAUUAGAAGAAGAUGAGAAGCACGGGGGACUUGUCAAAAAAAUUUUGGAGACUAAGAAAGAUUAUGAGAAGUUGCAGCAGUCACCCACACCUGGAGAGAAGGAGACACUGCUGGUCUUUGAGUCGGCGUGGAGGAAGGAGAAGGACAUAGUCUCCAAGGAGAUAGAGAAGCUCCGUGUGUCCAUCCAGACCCUGUGCAGGAGCGCGCUUCCUCUGGGCAAGAUCAUGGACUACAUCCAGGAGGACGUGGAUGCCAUGCAGAACGAGCUGCAGCUGUGGCACCGCGAGAACCGGCAGCACGCCGAGGCCCUGCAGAAGGAGCAGAGCAUCACAGACUGUGCCGUGGAGCCCUUGAAGGCGGAGCUGGCCGAGCUGGACCAGCUGGUGAGAGACCAGCAGGACAAGAUCUGUGCUGUGAAGGCCAAUAUUCUAAAGAAUGAAGAGAAAAUUCAGAAAAUGGUGUACAGUAUCAACUUGAGCUCCAGAAGGUGAAAGCUCAGAGUUUUCAGAGACUAAAGGUCAUCCUCAGUUUGCACGUAGAAAGGAGGCUGGAACAUCGUUACUCCUGAAGUUUCAGUUUGAAGACGCUGAACAGUUUACAAUGUUAUCUCACUAAUUUUCAGAGCUCUACAACCUUAGACAUACUCAGUGUAUGAAAGACCAUGUUUUCCUACCUUCUUCCAGCUAGAAUACUCGCUAGUUAUAAAUAGCUCUUCCAAUCACCUGUGUGAGAAGUUUCUUUGCAAGCCUGUUCUCGCCGUGUCUGGGGUAGGCUCUUCGGUGCUGUGCCAGGUUCUCCUGCAGGUACGUGGUGCCGGCACAGCCCGGGACACGGGAGCUGUGACGUCAGGCUCCGAGUCUAGUGACAGGACUUCCGUGAGUCAGGCACGGAGUGAAGGACGGCUGUACUUUUUGAUAGGAGCUUUGUAAAUACACUGAGGCCUGAAAAUGAAUGAAUUCUAUUUUUAGCUCAUUUCCACUUGAAAAGGGUUAAUUUCACCCAUAUCUUUAUAAGGUACAUGUGAACUUCAGUUUUUAACCUCUUUGUAAUUGCGUAUGCUUUGUGUAACUUCCUUAGUGGUCCCUGUUAUCUUUUGCUUAUAUUUCCAGCCCUUAAAGUUCGUACACUUAAGAAGGAGGUUGAGUGUGGCCUUCGUGGACGUUGUCGGGACACGAGACUGUCGCAGGCUGUAUCCUCACUUUCCCAACAUUUUGCCCCUGGGUUUUCCCCACGUGCACACUCGUGUCACUCGCGGGAGCCCUCGUUCUCGCUAGGAGAGGGGCUUGCUCUCCAAGGCAUGAGCAUCAGGCCUUUUCCUUCACACAGGUGUAAGGACCUGUGCACCAGAGAGACAGGUAGCUUAGGGAAAACUGCAAAAGGAAGACUUAAAAGGAUGCAUAGAUUUGCAAAAUUUUUUAAUGUUAGCAUUUUUUUGGAAAUGUUUUUUAAAGCAAAAGUUUUUUUUUUUUUUUAAAACAUGGUUUAUAUUUAGUUUUCCACUACAUAUAAUAUUGUAAAUACGUACGUCUUAAAUUUGUGUAUAAAGGAUUUCACUGUUUGGAGGCAUACUUACGGGUCUUAAGGUCUGGGUCCUGAUCCUUUUGUUUCUAGACACUGUAUUUAUUAUGUAACCCAAGGAGUGCCAUUUUAAGUGUUAGAAUUGCCUGAGAAAGCUUUUGUUUCUUUAAAAGAUUAGCACAAAUGGCACAGUUAAGCUUUUCUUAGUGUAAUUUCCAAAAUAAAUCUGUUGCAAAGGUAGUUCUAUGAUUUUCUAAGCUAAGUUCAAGGUUAGAUUACCAAGAUCUGCCAUUGUGAAACACUGGUUUUUCCUCCUUUCUGUAGUUUACUGUAACUACAUACAUCCUUGGAGGAGGGGUGUGUGUCAGUUACCCAGUCCUUCCUCUACUCAUGGUCUGCUUUCCGCUGGCUUGAACGACAGCCACCACCCCAAAGGGACCCUGUUUCGCUUCAAGUUAAGGUGUCUGCAUUUUAUGAAUUUGUACAUAAUACUAGAGUUUUUGUGUUGCAAAAUAUUGCAUACAUUAUAUGUGAGUAAAAUUUUGUAUGAAGUAGUCUUUCAAAUUGUAUCAUAAAAUUUAUUUUUCUUUUAUACAUAAAUCAUUAAAAAUAAUCACAUAUUUUUUCUAUCAGCGUUUGGGUCAUGCAGUUCAGUUCAUGCCUGGAAAAAACCAUUUAUGAGCAUUUGGAUUUUUUUCUUUUUUUUCAAAUGUGUGUGGUUUGUUUUCCUUUGAAAUAACUUCAGGGAAAUUUGUAUUUUCACUCAUAUUGUGACACUUCUUUUCUGUAUAAAUUGAAGUCUUAUCAGGCACGUAAGCAUUUAUCAGAAAUUUUAAAAUCAUUCAUGAAGUUUUAGAAAGUCUCUGCAUGUGGUUAGUACUGUGUCUUAUCACAAAUGAAUUAAAUCCUGUUAUUUAUUGUUUUGAUAAAAUACACAAAUGGGAUUAUUAAGUGUUUUCUUCUGCUUUGGCUUAUAAGUUUUCAGGAAGUACUAGAGUCAUACUUCAGAAAUUUUAAGUGAUUCCCUGGCGGUCCAGUGGUUAGGACUCUGCC